CCGCCCUCCCCGGGCCCUGGCCCACGCGCCCGCCCUCCCGCCCUCCCCGCCGCCCCCCGCGCGCGCCCCUAAGCGACAUGCAAAUGAGCCUAGGUCCUGUGGACGGGCCCCAAAUCCCCAGCACCCGAUGGACCCUUCCAGCCCGGAGCCAGCAGCCGAGGAGGCAGAGCGCUCCAGCCCGCCGGCCGAUACCCCCGGGGUGCGCCUCCGCCGCCGCCGCCCCCCCGCCGGGCGGGCCGGCUCCUCCGCCGACGCCUCCUCGAGCCAGACGUUCUCCCCAGCCGCCCGCAAACGGGGCGGGCCCCGAGGCUCUACAGCGGGGGAAGCCCCCGAGGCCCCGGGGCCACCCGAUGGGGUGGAGGCUGAGGAUGGAGGGGGCGUCUUGUUGAUCGAUGCCCAGGGUGUCCCGUACACCGUGCCCCAGGCAGGUGAGGAGGGCGGGGGGUCCCGGGCCCGGCGGGCCCCACACUUCUGCCCGGUCUGCCUUCGUGCCUUCCCCUACCUCUCAGACCUGGAACGGCACCGCAUCUCUCACUCAGAACUCAAGCCGCACACCUGCCCAGCCUGCGGCAAGGCCUUCAAGCGGGCCAGCCACCUGCGGCGGCACCGGAACAUCCACGCCGGCCUGCGGCCCUUCCACUGUGCCCUCUGCCCACGGCGUUUCCGGGAAGCCGGGGAGCUGGCCCACCACGGCCGCGUGCACUCGGGCGAGCGGCCCUACCAGUGCCCGAUCUGCAGGCUUCGCUUCACCGAGGGCAACACCCUGCGGCGACAUGCCCGUCGCAAGCACCCACCGCCCCCAGAUUCUCCCAGCUCCCUCGCAGGCCCUGGCAUGGACCCGCCCUGGCUGGAGGCGAUGGUCCCGGAGCUGUCUCCCAGCUCGGACCCUGCUCGGGGGGGCCCUGAGGAAGACCUAGAGAAGUCCCCGAGCUUGGACCCUGCUCCUGGAGACCCGGAGGAGGAGCCCGGGCGACCUCCUAGUCCAGAGGCUCCCCGGGCGGCCCCAGAAGAUCUGGAAGAAAAGCCAGAAUGAUGGUCCUGGCCCAGACCUUCCCCACACGGACCCUGCAGAAAACGCUCCAGAGGUUCCGUGUGUGAACCCGAACGGGGUUGGACCUGCAGGAGGCCGAGAGGGAGCCCCCAGGUGGGAGCCCGCAGGGGCCAGCGUGGCCGACCACGCCCCCGAGGAGACCCAGAGCUGGAUUUACCCUGGACACACUCCAGUGAAGGCCGGGGUAGCUGAGGAUCCGGAGGAGGCCAAGGGUCCCCAGACCCGAAGUGGUUCGAGCUCAGCCAGGGCUUGGAAUGAUGGGAGCCCAGGGGUCUGGGCAGGGAGGGGGGUGGGAGGGCUGACUCUCAGAGAGGUGAGACUGUUCUCAGAACCGGAUUGGGGGUGGAUAUGGGGCCAAGGAAAUAAAUGUGUCUGUCUGCCGGC